AGAAGAAGAAUGUGAGCGGAGCCGGAAGGACAAGGUUUGACAGAAGGACGGAGCCGUGCUGAGCUGGGACUGUUGUGAACUCGCUCUACGAAGAUGCUGUCCAAUAUCUCCAAUGUGCUGCGAGCUGGCCUCCAGAGAAAUGUAAGUUCACACACCGGAAACCUAAACCGAGAGGAGUUUAACUCAGUCAUGCCGUCUGAAAGCUCCUGUUUUUAUCUUAAAAUUAACUCUGCUCUCUGUUCUGACCUUGCGAGGCCGGAGGAUAGCUCUCGGCUAACACAACUAGUCUCUGCAAGAAAGGACUAAACUCUGUGUUAAAGCUGUAAAAUACAGAGAAAGACUGAUCCACUGCUGCUUACAGACAGUAUUUAGCUGUAUAUGAUUUGAGUUUAUGGCUCGAAUUGUGGGCGUGCUCCUCAAGAGAGUACUGGGCUGUUUAUGUUCCGCUGACUAACUUUCCAAAGAUAGAUUUUCUUAUUUAUUUUUAUUCACAUAAUUUAUAUGUAUAAUCUGUUUUGGACUACCUUUCUGAUGAACUGAAAUAGAUAUAUGUCUUUUUUGGGUGUAAAGGCUUGUCUAAGCAUUUUAAAGUAUACAGGUGCCAUUUAUUUUUGGUCAGUUUUGUGUCCUUUGCAAUAAAAAAAAAGAAGAUAUAUCACAAUAUUAAUAAUUUUGGCGCUUACUGCACACUAGAAACUACUUUUAGUAAUUUAAGAAGAUGACACAUUUUAAAAUAAUCAAUUUGUAAUUAUCAAUGUAAUUUAUUUAUAUUACAACAUUUGAAUCGCAAUAGUACAUAAACCCCAAUGAAACAUACAUUCAGUUUUUAGAAAGAUAUUUUGUAAUUUUGCCUGUGAGUUUCAGCACAAAUACAGCAGCAGGUUUUAAGUACACAGAUAAAUAAGUUAAAGACCACAAAGCUCCAUUCUAAAUUUGAUGUUUUUCUUUAUUGGAUAUCAGGACCGUAAUUCACAAUGUCAUCGCCAACACAUACAGUAAUGUGUACCACACCAUGACACCUCAGUUACAACACAUAUUUGUUAGUUAAAUGUAUGUACUGUUUAUGAUCAGCAAUUUUACCAUUUGCAGUUUUGAAAAGAACACAUUUUAGGGUCACACAACUUAUAGCUGCUGGAUGCAUAUAACUUAUACAGUGGCUCAAACUGUCACAGCAAUAGGAGGUCCUUCAUAAUAAAGACAUCAGGGUUCUAACUGCAUGUUAACACAUAUUUUUUAACACAUUUUACAAAGUAUCUUUUUGUAACCUUACAGUUGAAAUCCUUCUCCAGAUAGCUCAGUGUUUGUUCAACUGCACUUCAAAAAGGGGACUCUUAAUGUACAUGAUUAUUAUUGCUUACAGCAUUGCUGUUAUUGUCACAUAGGUGUCUAUAUGACAAUAUACAAAAACACCAAAUAAAUACAGUUUAUUUGGUGUUUUAACAUGGACUACAAGUUCAUUUCAUUUUCUUUUAUUCUAGUUUUAUUUUUUAUUUUUUAAACGUGUGUGCAACACAAGAAAGUAAACUGAAAAUAAACAAACAAAACCAAUGAGAAUAUUCAAAACAACAAUAACAAUAUUUUUUUUUAAGCAAUAAAAUAAAAUAAUACUAAUAAUACUGCGAACCCAACACGUCCGAAAAGGAGUAGGAUGAAACAUUAUGCUUUUUUUUUUUUUAAACAUACCCCUUCUUCUCUACUCAGUAGAGUUGAAAAGUUAAAUUGCAUGAGUCAUUUUUUAUUGAACUUUGCCUGUGUUCUGUCAGAUGCGGUCUUGAGGUCUCAUCGGGAGUUUUAUAAAACAUCAUGUUUUGCAGACUCAUAGCAUAUUUGUGGUUUGUUAGGCUGCUUGCAAAAUCACUAAAAUGUUUGCUGCAACUGCAAAUCUGUGACAUUGGUGACACUAUAAUGUGGUGUUGAAAUGCUCCUGACAUGCUCUGACAUGUUAAUUUGGUUUGCUGUGAGGUUCUGAUAAGCUGUAAACCUUGGCUGAUUUGAGAACUUUUGUCUCUGUCUUAUUUUAUUUGGAUUUGUUUUGCCUCUUUUUUUCUGUUUUGUAAUCAACUUGUUGUCCUUCUCAGGGAGCUGCAGUUGUUAUGUCAGCACGCACAUAUGCUGACUUUACCCCUGAGGCCACAUUUGAAAUAAAGGUAAGCUUCACACAUCAGCUUGUAUUUUCUGCGUAGAUAAUCAAAACAAACCACAGACUCUGGCUUACAAGGUCCUUUUCUUUCUCUUCUAGAAAUGUGACCUUCACAAACUGGAGGACGGUCCAGCCACUCAGGUCGUUAUGACUCGUGAGGAGGGUCUGCAGUAUUACCGCAUCAUGCAGACUAUGAGGCGUAUGGAGCUGAAGGCUGAUCAGCUGUAUAAACAGAAGAUCAUCAGAGGAUUCUGUCACUUAUAUGACGGACAGGUAACAAUAACUAAAGCUUUUUCCAAGCUCUAUGUUCAAGGUAGAAGAAUUUUCUUUUCAUGAAUUCUCUCUCUGACGACCAACUUUGACAAGCAUAAAAAUGAUUAAAGUCAUACCUGUUGUUCUGAUGCGUGUUAGUCUGUUCACCACACAUGCAUGCUUACCCAAACAUCACAUCAUCUGUUGUUUGUCCUUGUAGGAGGCCUGUGCAGUAGGUAUUGAAGCAGCAAUUAAUUUGUCAGACCACUUGAUCACUGCGUACCGUGCCCAUGGAUACACCUACACCAGGGGAGGGACUGUAAAGGAGAUCAUGGCUGAGCUCACCGGUAAGACUACAAAACUGUAUCUUUUUGGCAUUUACAAACAAAUUUGAGUUUCAGCAGCUUUUCCAUCCACUUAUGUGUGUUUUUUGUUUCAAUUUACAGGCAGAAGAGGAGGCAUUGCAAAGGGCAAAGGCGGCUCUAUGCACAUGUACUGUAAAAACUUCUAUGGCGGAAAUGGAAUUGUUGGCGCUCAGGUACGUCGCUGAAGUCUGUCGGCAAGCUGUUGAAACCAAAUUUUCCACCCUAUCUUGCAGCUUGUGUUUUAUUAUGUCCUACAGUGUCAGAUCUAACAGCUUAGUCAAGUUAGUCUGCUAAUUUUAGAAAGGAGUGACGAUAUCACUGGAAAACAAAAUUAGAAAAGGAAGUUUGAUAUCAACAUGUCCUGCCACUAGGCCGUCAGUUUGAUGCUCAAGUCUUCUAAGGGCUAAACACAGGUGUCAUGCUGCUAAUGUUGUGGAAAUAUAGUCAGGAAAAUAUCAGGAAAAAAAAGAGAUUUCAGAAUAUUCUGAGCUUUGAAAUGUGUGUGCUUUAAUGUCAUUUUAUAUCCAGACCUGAAGACUAUGUGAAAGAUACCUCACAUGAAAGAUUAAACUUUGAAAUAUGAGAUUUUUUUUAAAAAAGAAAAAUUUGGGUGAGGUGACUGCAGGUGCGGUGUGCUGUUAUGUAAUUAGUUUUAAAAAAAGGGUUUGUUUUCAAUAUAAAUGAAAUAACUCUGACAUUUCUGAAUUUUACUCAGGUUCCCCUUGGCGCUGGUGUUGCUCUUGCCUGCAAGUAUUUUGGCAACAAUGAGUUGUGUGUCUCUCUCUAUGGUGAUGGUGCUGCCAACCAGGUACGACAAAGAAAUUGCUGCAUCUUUUAUGUCUCUGAGCUACGCUGUAAAGUGGGCAGUUGUAGUUCCACACAGGGUUGUAAUCUUCUCCAUGAAAAGGGAACAUUUUACAACAGCCCAACCUAUUUAAGUGCACAGACAAAAAAAUACAUAUUGAUGUUACUUGUUGUGUUACAAUAUGUAAAUCCAUGUUUUUCUCAGGGUCAGAUAUUUGAAACCUACAACAUGGCAGCUCUUUGGAAGCUGCCUGCCAUCUUCAUCUGUGAGAACAACAGGUAUGGCAUGGGCACAUCAGUGGAGCGAGCUGCAGCUAGCACAGACUACUACAAGAGAGGAGACUUCAUCCCUGGUCUCAGGGUACUGCUCUUACUUAUGGCUUCAGACUAACAGAUAACAGUGACAAACUUACGGUUUCAUGUUGGUGAAUUUUUUUGUCAUUUUCAACAAGAUACUUUUGGUGAUAACUUUAUACAGUGCAUUGGAAAAAAGGCUGCUAAAUGGGUGUCAUCUCAUGAAUUAGAUACUGGGUCUAGCAUCACUCCAAACCUUUGUUUACAGCACAUUAAUCUAGAUGUAAUGAUACCUUAGUUUAAUGAGGUCACUGAAACAAAUUUAGUUUUAGUUGGUGGGAUUUUAUUUUCUUUUUCUGCCUGAAAACCAGUCAUGAGAAAUUUCUACAAAGUACUUCUGGACACAAAGUGUUUCUGUUUUGCACAUAGGUGGAUGGGAUGGAUGUUCUGUGUGUUCGGGAAGCUACCAGGUUUGCAGCUGAUCACUGCCGAUCUGGAAAGGUGAGCGAAAAACGUCAAACGUCAAGCAGAAGACAUUGUUUUGAUUUUUCUCUGUUUAAUUAUAUUUGCUCUGUCUUUCUUUAGGGUCCUAUUCUUAUGGAGCUGCAGACCUACCGCUAUCAUGGACACAGUAUGAGCGACCCUGGCGUCAGGUAAAUAAUUAGUUCCUCACAUUUUAUGACUUUACAUUAGGCUCUUCAAGUAUGUUGUAACUUAUCAUAUUUUUAUAGCAUUUUUAACUAUUUUAACUAGGGAAUGGAACUAUUUCUGAUUAUUUCAUUCAUUUAUUUGUGCUAAUCUGACCUACAAAUGUUAUCCUCACUGUGCUGCUGCCCCUUGCUUCUGCUACUGUAGAAGUAGUCAUGUAAUCCUCCUUCCGCUGUAGUGGCUUUGCCCAGCCCUGAUCGAAGCCCAGGGAUGGACUGAACAUAAACAGUGUCAAAGCUAUUGGCUGUUGCAGAAAUUUGCCUCGCUCAAAUAACACAGCAGAAAAUCCUCAGAGUAAACUCACAUUUUGUUCUAUUUGUUGGUUUUGCGAAGGACCAAAUAUAAACGUUUUCCAUAAUCACAGCAGUAAGUUAAAUUGAUAAAAUGCUGGUAAUCAAGAUUUUCAAAUUCUUUGUUGGCAUCAGCUCUAAAACGAAAAUGAUCGCAUUAGUGCAUCCCUACAACUUCCCUGCACCAAUCUGUCCCAUUUCAGCUAUCGCACACGUGAGGAGAUCCAGGAGGUCCGUGGUAAAAGUGAUCCCAUUUCCAUGCUUAAAGAUCGCAUGCUCAGCAACAACAUGGCCAGCGUGGAGGAGCUCAAGGUAGACACUGUUUUUAGUUUGUUAGUUUAGUAAAGAAAUCAUAUUUUAUACAUUGUCCUUGACUAAAUUUCCUUAAUUUAAAAUGUCAUGUCCUUAUUAAUGUUAAACUGUGGAUUAGUUUCAUAAUCUUCUUUGCCUGUGUUGUUUCAUUAGGAAAUUGACGUCGAGGUGAGGAAGGAGAUUGAAGAUGCAGCUCAGUUUGCCACCACAGAUCCUGAACCUCCACUGGAUGAUCUUUGUAACCACAUUUUUCACAACAACCCUCCCGUGGAUGUACGCGGCACGAAUCCCUGGACCAAGCUGAAGUCUGUUAGCUAAAGUUUUUUCAUGACCACACUCGCCCUCAUGAUAGUUACUGAACAGCCCCGCCUCUCACGUAUUGAAAUGUAACAUAACUAAUGCCUCAGACCCAGAGCUCCAAUCAUCAACAGUAAUUUUUCAAAUCUAUCCAUUUAACAGCAGGGACCACAUUCACAAAGAUACUCCGAGGGUAAAACUUAUGAUACAACACUAAUAAAUAAAAAACUUAAAAUGUAUUAUCUUUAUGCUGUUUGUCUGGCCCAAAGACCCCGAAUUAGUGUUUAUUUACAGAUUUCAAAACUUACAGUUCUAACUUCCGAGCCAUUGACUGCCAAACAUGCCUUACUGAGGGAGUGUACAUCAGGCAGAUAUGGCUGUAAGUUUGAUAAUUAUUUGAGGGUUUUGAUGUUCACAACAAACUGCUUGAUUUAUUUAUCAUAGUUGCAGUUAAUUUAGUUUCUUAAUUAUUUUACUUUCUGUACAGAUUAUUUAAUUAUUGUUCAACCCCCACAACAAAUGGUCAUGUUAAAAUCACCCCCUGAGAAUGUGGAUUAUUUAUCCCAUUAGAAGUACAUUUAAAGAUAUACUAUAUGUUGUAUAUUUGCCAAUACUUAAGUUUAAUUUAAAAGGGAUUUCUUAAAGCGCUUACUCUGUUUCACAUUGAGAAAGUUUUGUAAAUUUGGCCCCGGCUCAGUAUGAUAUCAACUAUUGUUUGAUGGUUUUCUGUGGUUACAUUUGAGGUAUAGUUAACAAAUGUUCAUCAAUCACUGUCCAUUAUUUAAAAGUAAAACAAAAAAGUUUGUACUCUCUAUACUGGAGCAUACAUGUUGAACCAUUCAGUUUUAAUGUUUGUAGUUUCUUUAAUCAACCCCAUUGUUACAAAGACAUCAUAAAGGGCAGCAGGGUGAAAAACUUUUAAUAUGUUUCCAUUUUUUUUUCUUUUCUGCUAGUACAUGAGGGCAAAAAACACCAAGGGAAAAAGUCUAAGAUUUAACUUUAUCUUGCCAAACCAAACAUGUGCCUGGCAGAUCUCUUAUUGCUCUCAGAGGGUGCAUGUUUAGCUUUAUGAUUUGUCACACUCCCAAGCUGAGCAGGUGAUUCUGUGCGUCUAAAAGUCAGGUGUUUUCUAGGCGUGUUCAGGGUGUAUUUGUAUAAACAUAGUUACUUUGCAGAUACUCAGGUGCUAAGGUGCCUUUCUGGAGUUCAUGUCUCAAGUGCAAACUGUUCAUUUUUACCAGGAGAAGCUCAUAUUCAAGUGGACAUACAUGAGGAUGUUUGAUCAUCCUUAAUUUUUACACUCAAAAUGAACAAAGACUGGCCUAGCAGUUGCCUUUAACAGCUGUGCAUUGAAACACUGUGACUUUUAGACAUUGCAUCCAUCUGCAAAGCUUGACAUUUCACAUCAGUCUCCUUAUCAAAGGAAGAUGUCUUGUUAUAAGCCGGUGGGUACAGCAGAGUAAUCAUCUUAGCUGUAUGUUCCACUUGUACUGUAAUAUGCUGUGUAAACACAUCAGCAGUGGUUCUUCAUUUGCUCGAAUGUACAGGAAUAUAUGUCAAUGGACAUUUUAAAUUUCAGUCUGUUUUUGUUGUCAAGUGCUUCAAAACAUCGUGAAAAGAUGACAGUUCUGACAUCUCAGGUUGCAAAAAUGAAAUUCUACCAAUCAGAAUGUAGUGCAAGAAGCGAGCUGUGGUUUUGGCAUAUCUGUGACAAACGCAACCACAAAAAUGCUCCGAAUGUUUCGUUAGCAACGUGAGAAAUAUGUAAUGGCAAAAGAAGACAGACUAAAGUUUAAAAUGUAAACGCCUGUCUGGAUACAACUGAAAAAGGCUACAGAGUGAGUUGUAAGUUAAUAAACUGUUGCACUAAGGUUGGCAGAUGAAGCAAGGAAACGCUCCAUGGAAACAUUUUAUGUUUUGUGUGUGCGUCAUUGUAAUAAAAAGCGCAACAGGUAUUUUAUGUGUGGAC